AUUUUUCUCUAUCUCAAAUUCCUUUUCAACAAAGAAGAGAUGGGGAAGCAUCUGGUCCCUUUGUCGCUCGCUCUUCUCUUGCUCAUCUCCUUCGCGUCCGACGUGGCAGUCGCCCAGAUCCUGUUCCAGGGAUUUAAUUGGGAGUCGUGGAGGAAGGAUGGGGGAUGGUACAACUUCUUGCGGGGACACGUGCAUGACAUCGCCGGCGCGGGUGUCACGCACGUGUGGCUCCCCCCACCCUCGCACUCUGUUGCAGAGCAAGGUUACAUGCCCGGGAGGUUAUACGAUCUGAAUUCGUCGAAAUACGGCAACCAGGAGGACCUGAAAUCACUGAUCUCGGCAUUGAGCGACAGCGGGGUUAAAUCCGUCGCCGACAUCGUCAUCAACCACCGGUGCGCCGACUACAAGGACAGCCGCGGCAUCUACUGCAUCUUCGAGGGCGGGACCCCCGACAGCCGCCUCGACUGGGGCCCCCACAUGAUCUGCAGCGACGACACGCUCUUCUCUGAUGGCACCGGCAACCCCGACACCGGCCUUGACUUCGCGGCCGCCCCAGACAUCGACCACCUCAACCAGCAGGUUCAGCGCGAGCUCUCCGACUGGCUCAACUGGCUUAAGACCGACCUCGGCUUCGACGGGUGGCGGUUCGACUUCGCGAAGGGGUAUUCGGCGCCCAUGGCGAAGAUAUACGUGGACAACACCUCUCCGGAGUUCGUGGUCGCGGAGAUAUGGAGCAAUAUGGCGUACGGGAACGACGGCAAGCUGGCCUACGAUCAGAACGCGCACCGGCAGGAGAUCGUGAACUGGAUCAGCGCAGUCGGGGGGCCGGCGGCGGCAUUCGACUUCACGACGAAGGGAAUACUGCAGGCGGCAGUGGAGGGGGAACUGUGGCGGCUGCGGGACCCGAACGGGAAGGCGCCUGGGGUGGUCGGGUGGUGGCCGGAGAAGGCGGUCACGUUCGUCGACAACCACGACACCGGAUCAACGCAGAAGAUGUGGCCGUUCCCUUCCGAUAAGGUCAUGCAGGGCUACGCCUACAUUCUCACACAUCCUGGAGUUCCAACCAUUUUCUACGAUCAUUUCUUCGACUGGGGACUGAAGGAUGAGAUCACUCAUCUGACAUCAAUCCGGGCCCGGAACGGGAUCCACCCGGGCAGCACGCUGCGCAUCGUCGCCUCCGACGCCGACCUCUAUUUGGCGGCGGUCGACGAGAAAAUCAUGGUGAAGAUCGGGCCGAGAUACGACGUCGGCAACUUAGUCCCUUCGAACUUCCAAGUCGUUGCUCACGGUAACGACUACGCCGUCUGGGAGAAAAAUGCCGGAGACAUGGAAUAAUUUAUGCCGGCGCAUUUUAUUUCUCCAUAUAUUUUCUAUUUCCGUAUCAUAAAAUUACAUAAAAACACUCCAAGGAUGUAAGAUUAUUGUUUCCAUGGCUUGAGUGGAAACCUAUGCUUGUGUAACACGAACAUAGUUGAGUGAUUUAUACGAUCAUAAGAGCUGAGAGAUAUUUGAUAUCUCCUGUUUAAUAAAUGUUGCUUUAUUAAUA